CAGUUGAGUUUCAAACGUUCACGGCCUCCGUUCGCAACAUUGAAAGAGCCUUUCCGUACACACAAACAAAUCCCCAAGUAACUAAGAGUUCCAACUAUAAUUGAAAAAAUGUCGAAGACCAUAACAACCGAACAGUUGGGAAAAGGUGCUGCCAAGCCCGCCCUGACCGAUGAUGGAAUCCUACGUCUGUAUUCUAUGCGUUAUUGCCCAUACGCCCAGAGGGCCCAUCUAGUGCUUAAUGCCAAAAAGGUGCCUUAUCAUGUCAUUAACAUUAAUCUCCUGGAGAAACCCGAAUGGCUGAUUGAGGUGAGCGCUCUGCUUAAAGUGCCUGCCCUGCAGUUGGUCGAAGAGAAGGAUAAGCCAUCACUUAUCGAAUCGCUGGUCAUCAGCGAGUAUGUAGAUGAGAAAUAUCCCCAAAAUCCACUUCUAUCCAAGGACCCAUUGAAGAAGGCACAGGAUAAGAUUCUAUUGGAGCGUUUUAGUGCCAUUACCAAUGCGUUCAUGAAGAUUUUGCUUCAAAAAACUGGACUCGAUGAUUAUUGGCAAGGCGUUGAUAUCUUCGAGGAGGAGUUGAAGAAACGUGGAACACCAUUCUUUGGCGGCGAGAAGCCUGGCUAUGUGGACUAUAUGAUUUGGCCCUGGUUCGAGCGUUUGGCCGUUGUCAAAUAUCAAUUCGAAGAUCAAUACAAUUUUGAUGAGAAGCGCUUUGAGAAUAUUGGCAAAUGGAUCGCUCUCCUGAAGCAAGAUCCGGUGGUUCAAUCUUAUAUUGCAUCUGAUGAGGCUCAUAUCAACUUCUGGAAGGCUCGUUUCGCGGCCAAGAAGUAAAUGGAUUUCGUUACAAAUAUUUUAUUAAAUGAAGAAAAAAAAAUGAAAAAAAACUAACAAAUA